AUGCAGUCGGUCAACGAGAACAUCAAGACUCCAAGUCCGGUUCUCGUACCGGCAGACCAAAACUUACAGAGCCCACCGAGCACGGAAAAAGAUAGUUAUGAGGUUGGCUGGGAAGGUGGUGAUGCGGAUCCUCUGUGCCCUCGCAGCUACAGCACCUUGAAAAAAUGGCGAAUCGUCCUUGUUAUUUGUUUUGUCAGUUUGUGCAUGACAUGCGCCAGUUCCAUCUACAUCGCGACAUACCAGCAAAUGGAAUCCGAGUUCGGCAAUUCAAGAAUGGUGUCUAUUCUUGGUCUCUCCCUCUUCGUCCUCGGUAUCGCUUUCGGUCCCAUGGCUCUUGGCCCCCUCAGCGAAUUUUACGGUCGGCGACCCAUUUACGUCAUUUCUUGGACCGUCUAUGUUAUUUUCAUCAUACCUCAGGCUGUCGCCAAGAACAUUGGCGUGAUCCUCGUUUUCCGUUUCCUUGACGGCUUCGCUGGCAGCGCUUUCCUCGCCGUGGCUGGAGGCACCAUUCAUGAUCUCUUCGACAAGGCGCAGCUACAACACCCGAUUUCUAUCUUCUCAGUGUCGCCUUUUAUCGGGCCAAGUCUUGGUCCUCUGAUUGGAGGUUUGAUCUGCUCUUACUUGGAUUGGCGAUGGACGUACUACGUUUUGAUCAUUUGGUCUUUCGUCUUGUGGCUAGCAAUCAUCUUUCUUGUUCCUGAAACAUUUCAUCCGGUCCUGUUACGGAACAAGGCGAGAAGGCUUCGCAAAGAGACGAACAAUGCAGAAUGGUUCGCUCCUAUUGAAAGAGCGCAUCGGUCUGUUGCACAUGCAAUUGGCAACUCCUUAACCCGACCAUUUCAGCUUCUCAUCCUUGAACCCAUGUGUCUCUGCCUCUGCAUUUUUGCAGCACUCUUGCAUGGCAUUCUCUACUUGUUCUUUGACGCGUUUCCGCUAGUUUUUGUCAACAAUCAUGGCUUCAAUCUGUGGCAAGUUGGCCUAUCCUUCCUAGGAGUUGGUCUUGGCAUGAUCGGCGCCAUCUUUAUGAAUCCGCUAUGGAAUAAAGCGCGGAACCGUCUUAUCCACAACAAUGAACAAGAAACGGGUAUCGCAGGUGCUAGCGAGCCCGAGUUUCGACUUCCUGCUUCUAUGGUAGGCUCGUUGAUUGUGCCUGUUGGCAUGUUCAUUUUUGGCUGGACAACAUUCCCCUGGGUGCACUGGAUCUUUCCAAUCAUAGGAUCUGCCAUCUUUGGAUUCGGGGCACUAUUGCUAUUCACUUCUAUUUUCGGGUUUCUUAACCUGCACCAGGUUGAUGCUUAUCCAACGUACGCAGCGAGCGCCAUGGCGGCAAAUGGCUUCAUCCGAUGCAUUUUUGCUGGUAUGUACAUCUAG